GGCAGCGCCUCCCGCAGGCGAGGUGCGGCGCGGCGCCGCUCCAGACCCGCCCGCGGGGCCGCCGCGCCCGGGACCCGGUGCCGCCGCCGCCGUCUGGGGACGGGCCGCGGAGAAGGAGGAGGAGCGGCGUCCCCACGGCCACCCUGGUGCAAGCCCGCGGUGCGGCCCUGCUCGCCGCCGCUCGUCGCCGCCAUGAGCGCUGGGCAGGCCGCGGAGGAAGAGGCGGACGCCGCCGCCGCGUCCCCGGCACUUCCCAGGGUGCUGUCGGCGCUCUUCUACGGGACGUGCUCUUUCCUCACCGUCCUGGUCAACAAGGCGCUCCUCAGCGCCUACAGCUUCCCAUCACCAAUGUUUCUUGGAAUUGGACAGAUGGUAGCCACUAUACUUAUCUUGUAUGUGUCAAAACUAAAUAAGAUUGUUCACUUCCCUGAUUUUGACAAAAGUAUACCUGUGAAGUUAUUUCCACUGCCUCUGAUUUAUGUUGGAAACCACUUAAGUGGAUUAUCAAGUACCAGCAAACUCAGUUUGCCGAUGUUUACAGUGCUCAGGAAGUUUACCAUUCCACUUACUUUACUGCUGGAAAUCAUCAUACUUGGGAAACGGUACCCACUGAAUAUUAUAGUCAGCGUAUUUGCCAUCAUUCUUGGGGCUUUCAUAGCCGCUGGGUCUGAUAUGUCUUUCAAUCUGGAGGGCUACAUCUUUGUGUUGCUAAAUGAUAUCUUCACAGCAGCAAAUGGAGUUUAUACAAAGCAGAAAAUUGAUCCCAAGGAGUUGGGAAAGUAUGGUGUCCUGUUUUAUAAUGCUUGUUUCAUGGUGAUUCCAACAGUUUUUAUUAGCUUUUCUACUGGAGACUUUCAGCAGGCAACACAUUUCCAGCACUGGACAAAUUUUUUAUUUGUCUUUCAAUUUAUUCUUUCCUGCUUGUUUGGGUUUCUCUUGAUGUAUUCUACUGUCCUGUGCAGUCAUUACAAUUCUGCACUCACAACAACAGUAGUUGGUGCCAUCAAGAAUAUAUCCAUUGCUUACAUUGGAAUGUUGAUUGGUGGAGAUUACAUAUUCUCCAUGUUAAACUUUGUAGGGCUAAAUGUUUGUAUGGCAGGAGGACUGAGAUACUCGUUUUUAACACUAAGAGGAAACAGCAAGCCUGCACAACCCGGGGAUGAAGAGAAUGCACUUCCAGUGUCAAAGAGUUAGACAAAAUGCCUGCCUUGAAAGAGACUGAAGAUACCAGUUUGUUUAGCAUUGCCAAGACCUUAAAUAAGUAUAUGCUGAAACAUAUUUGGAACAACAACAAAAAAAAAAAAAAAUCUACCUCAGUUGUCACAGAUAUGCACACAAUUCACUGGCUCAGAAAUAUUCUUGCACGCCAAUUUUUACAUGCAAACUAGUUUGAUUUUAGCUUUUUCUUCUUAAUCUGAAAGCCAUUUUAAAGGAAAGAAUGCUGUGAGCAAUUCUCAAGUUGUAAAUGUCUGCAUUUACCUGUACUUGGGUGCUAUUUCAACAAGAUCUUUGAGUUUUCAGUGACUGCCUGUAGUUUCUUGAGGCAAAAUUCCCAGUAAAAUCAUGAGGCUUGAUUCACCAUUGCCUUAUGCCGUAUGCAAACCUAGAUAUCAGUGACGAGAUGAAAGAUCCUAGUGGUUCAGAUUGAUUUCAUGCAUGCAUGUGCUCUUGGGUAAGUGAUAUAGAACAUAUGGGACAAAGAGGAUAUUUGCCCCCAGGUUGUUCACUGUGUAAGUCUAACUAAAAAAUUGAGGCUAUGUCUGUGUGUGUACAUUGUGUAGGCAUCCUCUCUCUGUGUUUCUCUCAUCCUCAAUCACACUAUGGUGUUCUGCAGAAGUUGCCACUGUUGUUAUAAAUGAACCCUCAUAACUUUGCAGCAGAUCAAGGAGAGUAGGGAAAUGACAGGGGAUUUUUUAAUAUUUGAAGAUGUUUUUGUGUGUGUGUGUGUCUGUGAGCCAGUACCAACAAAUCUACUUUUGUUAAGGUACAUUUUUCUUUUUAUAUCACAUUCCCCUCCUCUCACAUUUUAUCUGUAGCCACCUUGCUGCAGAAAAGUGGUGCUACUAUGUACAAACCUAGUAGGGGAGGGAAACUGACUGACUGUGUGGAAGACUGACUUGUGUUUAAAUGAGGAGAAAUGGCUAGUGUCCUAUUGUGUCUUAUAUGUACAGUAAAAGCUUAUCUGGUACUAGUUUAUGCUUUCAGUUCUAAGCAAGGAAUCAUAAUGAGCCUGGGGAUGACUACAGUAGGCUCAGCUGGUACAGUGGUUAGGAGGCCCAGACCGAUGGUCUGAGUGAUCAUUUGGGAAAAUAACACCCAUAUCUAUAUUUCAAUAACACCUGUAUCUGUAUUUCCUUCUUUGAAAAUAUUUGAUAAUGCUUACCUGUUUCUUUGAGGAUAAAGUGUUAACCUUUGAAAAUGUGAUAGAUGCAUUGAAGUGUUGGAAGACAUCAGACAAAUUAAUCUUGUUGAAGUUCUCAAUUCCCUGUGAGCAUGAGCCAAAAUUUUUGAAAAUAAUCAAAUCAAAAGAAGAUUUUGAAAGACUUUGACAUAGAGCCAGGGUGGUCUAAUGACUUGUUUGAUCACUUCAAUUAAAAUACAGCUAAUCUGAAAAUACAGAAAAUCAGAAAACAUUACUCUGUGUGUAGCACAUCAAUGAACAGUCUGAAUUAGAUCUAAGAAACAAGUGGGUUACUCACACUCCCAGAAGCUUCAGGGAAUGACUGCCUGCAGGGAUUUGAAUGGCAAGAGGAGCAGUGACUGCAGAUACUAGAAGUGGCAUUUAAAGACAAGGUCAAAGAGAGAAGAGAAAUCUGAGCUAUCCAUUUUCUCACAGCUGGUGAAGAAUGUGACUUUCAUUUUCUAUCUGCUGAAGAUGUGGAGGGAAAACAUUUCUGCAAAUAUUUUUCAGUGAUUUUCUGUUUAAAAAAUUUCCUUUAUGCAUAAAAACCUUCAAUAUUUUUGAGUGUAUUCUUUUAUAAGGCUCCUCUUUCUUCAGAUCAUCUCUACCUCCACAAUUUCAAUUACUGAACCUUAACUCUGCCAUGAGACAAGGUAUUGGUAAGUUUUCAUUUAUUAUGAAAUUAGUAUGAGUGCCAUUUGAUUGCAAUACUGAUGAACACACAAAGGCACCUGCUAAAUAAGAUGUAGUUCCCACAAAGGAACACUUAACAUUUGGAUAUAAUUAAUUAAUAUUUUGCUGUACCUUUUAUAAAUAAAAAAUAUACAGAUUACAGUUUUAA